AUGCGCCUCCCACGUUUCAGCGAGCGAUGAACACGACGUUCCAGAAUUUCGUCAACAAGACACGGCUGACGCAAGGGAUGAUCAACUUCUGUGUGAUCGUGUACAUGGACGACAUCCUGGUCUAUUCGGAGACCUAUCACGGACACGCGCAACACAUCGAGUGGACAUUGGGCGCACUGAGAGAUGCUGGGUUCAAGAUUGCGCUUGAGAAAAGUGAAUUUUUCCUCUCGAAAAUUUCGUGCUUGGGCUACGUCGUGACACGUGGAGGAUUGCGGCCGGACUCGAGAAAAGUUGCGGCGGUGAAAGAAGCCCCGGUUCCCACGUCACUGACGCAGGUUCGAGCCUUCUUGGGGCUGGCGUCGUACUACCGACGCUUCAUUAGGGGCUUUUCCGUGAUUGCACGACCACGAACGAAUCUGUUACGGAAGGACCAGCCUCUCAAUUGGGACGCGGAGUGCCAGCAAGCCUUUGCAACCCUCAAAGACGUUCUGGCAACGGCCCCUAUUUUGAUUCGGCCGGACCCCUCGAAGCAGUUUAGUCUCAUCACGGACUGGCAACCGGAAGCUAUUUCCGCUAUUCUAGCACAAAAGGGGAACGAUGGUCGCGAACACGUCAUCGAGUACGCGUCUCGAACCGUAUCGGACGAACGAAGAAACGACUCCACACCUCAAGGCGAGUGCUAUGCGGUAGUUUGGGGAAUCCAGCACUUCCAUCCGUAUAUCUACGGACAUAAGUUUCACCUCGUAACGGAUCACGAGCCUCUGCUAGCGCUGAAGAAACUCACCAACUACAAGGGCAUGAUUGGCCGUUGGGCGGCGCGACUACAAGAACACGACUUCGAUAUCGUCCAUCGAAAGACCGAGCGGCACGGCAACGCGGACGGGCUGACACGUCUGCACCGACCUGUCAAAGUACCGAAGGGCGAGGAAAUUACACCGUGGAAAGAGUCGGACUUGAAUAAUGAGCCGAAAUACGGACAAUCUGUGCGGGCUCCCACCCUCUCCUACCGAGUUAAGGAGAACAGUGCGCCGCUAUUGAGUGGGGAGAAGUGGGACGAGUGGUGGGAGAACUAUAUCGAGUUCGCUUUCUGCCUAUUGGAGAUAGAGUUCCGCUGGUCAGAGGCGGCCCCAUUCGGAGAAGGGCCGAAGCACCCAGAAGACAGCGUGGAGUUUCUGAUCAUCCAAGCCUGGAGGACAGUGGAGCAGGGCGACCUGCUGGGAUUUCUGUUUGGGAAGGUGGAGGAGGGCAAUCUCACCUUGAUCACGGACGAGUUGCUGGUGUUUUUGACUCAGUUGGCGGACGAUCUGCCCCUGGACAUCUUGUCGCACAGUGACAAGCAGCCUGGCACCCACGUGCUGUCUCGAACGCUCGAGCCGCACCUUGUGUGGUCCACGUGCACGGAAAUCGACGAGGACAAUUGUCUCUAUCCCUCCCAGGCGCUCUACUUGGAGAUCGACGUUACCGAUCUCACGUUUUGGGACCCGAUUGCGAGACAAAAUGUGGUGCAGGACGAGGAGAUAAGGGGAGCAGACGAAGAAGAGAAAGACGAAGAGCCAUCAAGUGAGGAAAGAGACGAUUCGGACUACGUACCAGAAAGAGAGGCAGGGAUAGCCGACGAAUCAAACCAGCCGCAGGCGCAGGACGAGGGGGUGGAACCAGAAGAAGAAGAAGGAAGCGGGUUAUCAGGAUCGGAGUGCGAAGUAUUCGAGGCUGAAGUGCGCGACGCGGCGCGAGAACGAGCACGAGAGCGGAGGAAACGGAAGUGCCAGGAAACCACGGAGGGAAAGCGACCCGCAACAAACGUGUCCUCUGUCGAUCCGUCGAUCGGGGACCCGUGGCGUGAUCCAGAGCCGCCAUAAGAGGAAGACGAUGGAACCACAACAGAGGGAUCACGGAGACGACGAAGAAGAAGAAGUGAAUCGCCAGCUCCCUCCG